CUGUGCGAGACAUCGUGCGGUGCGGUUGAUGCAGCGGCAAAACAACGUCAGAAAAGAUACAAAGAUACAAAGAUUGAGAUACAAGCAAAAUAGAAGCGGCAAACAUAAAAUAUUGACGCGCGUCGUUUGAAGUGCAAUUUGCAAUUGCAACGCCGGAUUUGUGCAUUGUCGAUAGGCAUUAAGUGUUAAUGGCAAGCUGUAAUAAAUAUAUAAUUUAUGCCAGUUGGAUCUUGUGGAUCCAUGGAUCUUUAACAGCAACGACUGAACGUGAUUGAAUCUCAAAUUUGGCGCGUGUGCUCUUGACUUUGUUUCCACAUUCGAUCAGUUGGCAACUGACAUUUGAUCUUUGCAAAGAUCAGCGAUCAGCGGGCGAUUCGCGUGAUCGGCGAUGUGUGUUUAGUGGAACUUAACAAGACCAUAUGGAAUAUUCUUUAUAUACCCACCUACGUGUAGCACAGCAAUUUGUUUGUUAACUUAAAGACGAAGCCCAGCAAAACGCUACUAAGCCAGCCCAUUGAUUGGGCAAUUGGAGACACCUUCAAAAACAGUAAAAACAGCAACAAUAAAUAUUGAUAAAAAUGCCUUCAGUUUUGAAAAAUUAUCAGCUUGGUGCCCUGGCAUUACUCUGCUUUACGGCGCUAUUUUUGAGCAGUGAGUGCCAAAAUGCAUUGAACGCGCAAAAGACUUCCUUCUCUUGCACAGGACGCCCAGCGGGCUACUAUGCGGACGUGGAGACUGGCUGUCAGGUCUAUCACAUGUGCGAUGGUCUGGGCCGUCAGUUCAGCUAUACCUGUCCCAACACCACGCUCUUUCAGCAGCGCAUGCUCAUCUGCGAUCAUUGGUACAUGGUCAACUGCUCCAAGGCUGAGAGCAACUAUGCGGCCAAUCUUCUAAUUGGACAGCGUGAUAAGCCCUUUGUAAACGAUGAAGAAAACAAUUUGCGCACACCACGUCCAGAUUUGCUGGAUCGUCCCUAUGCACCCGACUACUCCGGCGAGUCAUUUAGAAGCCAGUACAAGCAGCUGACGCCGAGUCAAAAUCAAAUACGUGAUGAUUCGACAAAAGGCGCUGCCAAAUCUGAAUCUCAGCUAGCACAAAACGGUCAAACACGCUGGCGCAUUCCUCCACCCAGCCGCACUAUACUGCCGCCGGCUUAUGAACCACAGAUCGAAGUCGCCAGCAGCACGCCCCGAGCCAAACCCACCAGCACCACCAGCCGCACCACAACUCGCAGGCCCGCCUCUGUUGCGCCUGUGCUGCACAAGCGGACGGAGGCACUGCAUCAGCGCAUUGCGGAUCCUGACACAGAUGACCUGGGCACCAGUCACAGCACACGCUACAAUACCUCGGCUGACUUUAACUCUGCUGAGCAGCCAGCGACUAAAAACACCACCAAGCUGGUCAAGUUCAUCAAGGCGCCAUCGAAAAUUUAUGAACCACCUUUUGUGUAUCCCAUUUACAAUCAGGACGAGCUGCAGCCGGCCACAGAAACAUUGCGGACUUCGUCAGCGGCGCCUUUUAGCACAGCCUCAACUCAGACACGUUUUACGGCAGCAGCUGCCGGACCAAGCACCACCACACGCCCGCUUAGCCGACCCACCACUUACGCUGGACAGCCCUUCUCGUACUCCACGCUGGCCACUACGGCAAGUACAGCGAUCAACUAUCGCCCAGCUGUGGCUCAAACAGAGCAUCGUACGCCCACGCCGGCGCAAGCAUUCCGCCCAGCCACGCCCACUUCGACAUCGCCGCCCAAAGUGGCAGCCAAGGCAGAGCUGCCUUUCAACGAUCUGCUUCCACCAUUUGUGGAGUUUGUACCACAUGACAUAGCCACCACGCAAGGACCGCCCAUCUACUACGAAUGGAAGGUGCCCGCUAAUGGGCUGCAGCCACCUAAACUGGAUCCGCCCAUAGGAGUGGAUGGGCGCGAAUACCCAGAUACCACAGGCGACUACAGCGUCAAGACCAAACAGGAUAGCUUCAACUCCAAAUUGAAUGACAUAGCCAGCCAUGGCUCAGCCGCAGUUGCGCCCAAGCGUUUGCCCAGCUCGCGUUCCAUCAAACCCAAUACGCUGCCCAUGAUGGCCAUGGAAAAGGCGCAGCGACGCGCAGAUGUGGUCAGCGCUAGCGGUAGCUCCACAUCGACAGACAUAACGCAGCUGCGUAAGCAGCUCCUCAUACCGGAGUAUGCCUUCCCGCUGGAGACAAUCGGACGCACGGGCUAUGCGCCUGGCUCGAGCGCCGCCGGAGAUCUCUACAAUUCAUUUCAGUUAAAGAUACCAGAGCGUCGCGCCGGCAACAACGGCGGCAGCAGCUCGUCUAGUAGCAGCUCCACUCAUGGCAGAUGGUUUGGCGAGAAUCCCAAGUGCCCCGAGUGCCAUCCAUCGUUUGUGCUGCCCGGCACUUGCCAGCCCUGUUUGCGUAGAUAGUUUAAGUUCUAUGU